AUGGCCAAUCAUAUCACAAAACCGAAGAAGGCCAAGUCCAAGCGGACUCCCGUUCGUCUACGACAUAAAAUCGAGAAGGCCUCGGCCGCAAAGCAGCGCAAAGCCAGAAAAGAAGCCAAGAAGAACCCACAAUGGACGUCCAAGCUGAAGAAGGACCCUGGUAUCCCCAACCUAUUCCCCUACAAGGAGAAGAUCCUACAUGAAAUUGAAGAGGGUCGACGAAGGAAACAAGAGGAACAGCAACGCCGGAAAGAGUUAGCUAAGGCUGCGAAGACCGGUUCUACGAACGAAGCUGAGAAGGACGAAGAUGCUAUGGAUGGCGCUGAGGAUGGAGACUUCGACGGAUUUUCCGAAGAUAAUGAUGAUGCGAUGGAUGAGGACAAUGUGGAUGAUUCCUUAGAUCCCAUGGCGGCACUUAUUGCGAGCGCCAGAGCUGCUGCCGAUAAGUAUGAUCGGGAACUCCAAAGUGGAGACGACAUGGAAGGAGACGAGUCAUCAGAUGACGAUUUCGAAGAUGGGAGCGCUGAGCUGCGCGCUCAAUCCUCGUCGCGGAAAGCCCACGACAAGGUCUUCAAGCAAGUUGUAGACCAAGCAGAUGUCGUCCUCUAUGUUUUAGAUGCCAGAGACCCAGAAGGAACGAGGUCGAGAGAAGUCGAACGCAUGGUGAUGGCAGCGGCAAGCGGCGGCAAGAGGUUAAUACUCAUCCUCAACAAGAUCGACUUAGUCCCGUCGCAUGUCCUUAAGGACUGGCUCACAUACCUACGGAGAUAUUUCCCUACACUUCCACUACGCGCUUCUGGCUCCGCGCCCAAUGCGCAGACCUUCAAUCACCGCGAUCUCACCGUCCAAAGUACCUCAUCUACGCUCUUCAAGUCCCUAAAAUCCUUCGCCGCUACUAAGCAGCUCAAGCGCGCUGUGUCAGUCGGUGUUAUCGGCUACCCCAACGUCGGCAAGUCUUCUGUCAUCAAUGCGCUACUCUCGCGAGUUGGCGGCGGCCGCAGUGCUGCUGCUUGCCCCGCGGGCGCCGAGGCGGGUGUAACAACAAGCAUCCGCGCGGUUAAGAUCGACAGCAAGCUCACGCUUCUCGACUCCCCCGGGAUCGUAUUCCCUUCCGCGUCAGCGCCGACAAGCGAGGCUCCAUCGAAGAAGAGCGCCGUAGAGGCGCACGCUCACCUGGUUCUUCUCAACGCCAUCCCGCCGAAGCAGAUCGACGAUCCGAUACCGGCUGUCACGCUGCUACUUAGGAGACUAGGGGCGUCGCCGGAACUCCUCCAGAGACUUAUGGAUGUGUAUGACAUCCCGCCGCUAAUGACGGCUGCGGACGGAGACGCUACGACGGAUUUCCUGGUCCAGGUCGCGCGGAAGCGUGGACGGCUCGGGCGCGGCGGAGUGCCGAAUCUCACGGCGGCUGGUAUGACGGUCGUGACGGACUGGCGCGACGGACGUAUACAGGGAUGGGUCGAUGCGCCGGUGUUGCCGGUCGCGACGGAGAUAUCGGCUACGGCGGUGUCGGCGAGCGCGUCGACGGCUAUGCCGGAUCAGAAGGAGAUCGUUACGGAGUGGGCGAAGGAGUUUAAGCUUGAGGGGCUGUGGGGAGAUGAUGGGGAGAAGGAUGGGGAUAAGAUGGAGCAGUGA